ACGUCCUCCCUGCACGGGUCUGGAACCGCUGGAAGAAGGAACGGGGAAAGAGUUUUUGUGCUUGGGGAGGAGAUGGAAGUAGGCAGCAGGAGCAGCUGUAGGGAGGGGGCAGCUCUUGAGCAGGGCUCACUCUGCCUGUGCUGGGGCAGCCAGCCCGGUGCAUCUCUGCCUGCUGGCACUGCCCGCGGCACCGGCGAUGGCAGCAGGAGCCCCAUGGAACACUUCCAGUGCCCUCCCGGUAUUUGUGAGCCUCGCAGCCAGGAGACAGGCUGUCAGGAAUGGCAGGGAGAGCGGCUCAUGGGGUGCAAGCUUCCAUCCCCCGGUGUGGAUAACUGGGAGGUUUCUCCUGACCGCGAGUGGGACAGAGCAGGAACAGGCUGAAAGCUUUGGCUCUCCUCCUCAGGCAUCCCUGUGCCUCCUGCCUUCCUCCUGCUCCCUGCAGGCACCCCAAACGAGCCGGGGGUGACCCCGGCUCGGAGCGGGCUGGGGGAGGCGCCGGGGGAGUGGCGGAAGCCGCUCGGCCGAGGCUGCUCUCGGCACAUCCUCCCCGUGUCCCGGGGAAAGUCCGGCGCCCUGAAGCCCCGGGCCGGGCUCAGCCGGAGCGGAGAGGCGAGGGAAGCCGCAGCCUGUGCCGGAGGACACGGAGCUGCCGCAGCACCGGUGCCCCCGAGCUCUGCCACCCUCUGCCACCCAGGCACGGCUAGCACAGUCCCCGAUGGCCGCGGACGCUCUCUCCACGUGGCCCGGCAAUGGCACUCGGGCUCUUUGCCCCGUGGAUUCCGCCUUCGCCCAGCGCUUCCUGCCAGCCGUGUACCUGACCGUGAUCCCCCUGGGGCUGCUGGGCAACGGGCUGGGGCUGUGGCACCUGUGCACGGGGCCCCGCGAUGGUGCCCGCCAGCCCCUGAGCCUGCUGGUGGGCAACCUGGGGCUGGCCGACCUGCUCUAUGUCAGCACCCUGCCCUUCCUCGUCAGCUACUACCGCCAGGGCAGAGUGUGGAUCUUCGGGCAGCCCUGGUGCCGCAUCACCCGCAGCCUCUUCCACGUCAACCUCUACGCCAGCAUCGGCUUCCUCACCUGCAUCAGCAUCCACCGCUACCUGGGCAUCGUGCACCCGCUGAAGGUGCGGGGCAGGUGCCGGGGUGCCGCCUCCUCCGUGUGGCUCAGCGUGGCUGUGUGGCUCUGGGUCAUCGCACAGAUAGCUCCCGACCUUGCCUUCAGCAAAGCAGACGGCAACAGGACGGAGUGCCACGACACGACGGGACAGGAGCACCUGCACGUUUACUUGCCCUACACCUUUGCUGUCACCGUGACGGGCUUUGUCAUCCCGUUCCUCAUCAUCAUCGGCUGCUACUGCCACGUGGUGUUCGUGCUCUGCAGGAAUGACAGCGUGGACGCCAGCCUCAGAAGGAGAAGCAUCGGGCUGGUGAUCCUCGUCAUGGUUCUCUUUUCCAUCUGCUUCCUCCCCUAUCACAUCUUCAGAAACCUCAACCUGUUUUUUCGCUGGCGGCCACCAGGGUCCUGCACACAGGCUUCAAAGGAUGUCUAUGUUUCCUACCAGGUGACUCGGGGCCUGGCCAGCCUCAACAGUGCCCUCAACCCCUUGCUCUAUGUGAUCACCAGCAAAGACUGGAGGUCACGAGUGAGAAGCAUCAGCCAAAGUGCCAGACAGUGUCUGAGGCCACCCUUCCGGAGCAAAACCUCUGGCCAGGCAGCUGAGGAGAAGAGGAACGACAUUCUUUGUAAGGGGGAGGCUUCUAACGAGCUCUGAGGUACCUGACACCCCCCUGCUUCUGCCACAUCAGCUUGUGCUUGGCACCUCCCUGGGGGCAGCCCCCACCUGCUUUGCAGAGAUGGUGACAGCAGCAUCAUGGGCUCUGUGCACACAAGGGACAGGCAGGACUGUGAUCUGAGAGAAAACUGGGACCAGAUUUCAGAAGCAAAACUACUCAGCCCGACUAUUUUGGCUAUGGAAAGAGAUGAUCACAUUUGCUCCAGUCCACAGUGUUUCCCUCCAGCCCCUGCUGCAGCAGGCUGAGCUGGUUAACAUCCCCUUGCUUCCCAGCUCCUGUGUGACUGAGGGAUGGAGGGAGUGACACCUUGUCCCUCCACUGCAUCCUCCCUCCUCUACUGUACAUGGGUUUGAGACAGCAUUCCCUCUUUAGCCUAAGGAGAGGUCCUGCAUUGCAGAGCAGCUGAGAGGGGAAAUUUUUGCAGUGGAGGAAGAGCUUUGGAAAUAGAAAUAUUCAUUUAAAAAUCAGGUUUUAAGUACAUUACCAAGCUGUGCCAGUUCCUGGGUGAUUGAGCUGUUUCAGGAUCUGUGGGAUCCUCUACUGCCCACCUCCUUCGCAGAAGAAAAAGACAUUUUUGGCAUCACUUCCUCUCUUUUGGAAGAGCACAUAGCAGAACUAACAAAUGGGCAUUUUAAAGUUUUUGGAGGCUAUUGAUUGGGGUUUUAUUUUGGAAGGUGAAUGACUGCAGUAGCCUGAACUCCUGCUUUAAGCAGGAAAAUGCCAAGGUAGAGUUUGCAAAUCUUCAGGUGGGUGCUUGCAUCUUGCAUCCAGCCUUGAGAUGGCAUUAGAUAUGACUUGUAAAAAUUGGAUGUGCAAAUAAAAAGAGAAGUAGCCCUGGCAUGAAGGCUUGUGAAGGCAGGAUGUGAUGGUGAGAUUUAUCAUCACCAGGGGUGACAGAUCUCUGCUGUUAAGGUUAGCAGAGGCUCCCAAGCAGUAUUUUCAUUUUUAUCUCGGUGUUACCCACUAUGGCCAGCUCAAACACUUCGAUUCAAUAAUGUGAUUUGCAGCAGCAGCAGCUUUUGGAGGCCAGCUGAAGGAAGUGGACUGUGAGUUAAAAUGAGCCCUUUCUGGGAAAGCACUGGCCCAGGGACGGAUGUUGUGCUCUUUUCCUGACAUUUAUCUCUGUCAGCUGCUCCUACAUAGACCCACCUUAGCUGGGCAGAGGAGGGAGCACAGCUGGCUUUCAGUGCAGUUAAUAUGUCUGCAGUGCAA